AUGUCGGCCUCGGCAAUCUACAUCCUCGAUGUGAAGGGAAAGGUGAUGAUCAGCCGCAAUUACCGGGGUGACAUUGACAUGUCAGUGAUUGACAAGUUCAUGACCCUGGUGAUGGAGAGGGAAGAGGACAGUAACCUGACACCCAUCAUCCAACAUGGCGAGGUGGCCUUCAUGUACAUCAAGUACAACAACUUGUACCUGGUGGCCACCUCCAAGAAGAAUGCCAAUGUCACUUUGGUCUUCUCUUUUCUUCACAAGUUAGUCCAGAUAUUUGUGGAGUACUUCAAGGAGCUAGAGGAGGAGAGUAUCCGAGACAACUUUGUCAUUAUUUAUGAACUUUUGGAUGAGGUCAUGGAUUUUGGUUACCCCCAGACUACUGACAGUAAAAUCUUGCAAGAGUACAUCACCCAAGAAGGUCAGAAGCUGGAGAUUGCUCCACGCCCGCCCCCAGCUGUGACAAAUGCUGUGUCAUGGAGAACUGAGGGUGUCAAGUACCGCAAGAAUGAAGUCUUCCUUGAUGUCAUUGAAUCUGUCAAUCUACUUGUGAGUGCUAAUGGAAACGUUCUUCGCAGUGAAAUUGUUGGUUCUGUGAAGAUGCGGGUGUUCCUGUCUGGGAUGCCAGAACUUCGUCUGGGCUUGAACGAUAAAGUUCUGUUUGAGAGUACUGGCAGAGGCAAAAGCAAAUCUGUGGAAUUGGAGGAUGUGAAGUUUCACCAGUGUGUCCGCUUGUCCAGGUUUGAGAAUGACCGCACCAUCUCAUUCAUCCCUCCAGAUGGAGAGUUUGAGCUGAUGUCGUACAGACUCAAUACUCAUGUGAAGCCGCUGAUUUGGGUGGAGUCAGUGAUUGAACGUCAUGUCCACAGCAGAGUAGAGUACAUGAUUAAAGCAAAGAGCCAGUUCAAAAGACGAUCAACAGCCAACAAUGUGGAGAUCAUUAUUCCAGUCCCCAACGAUGCAGACUCUCCCAAGUUUAAAACCACAGUUGGAAACUGCAAGUAUGUGCCGGAGAUCAACUGUAUCAUCUGGACAAUCAAGUCGUUCCCUGGAGGCAAAGAGUACCUGAUGAGAGCCCACUUUGGCCUGCCCAGUGUACAAAAUGAGGAGUUGGAGGGCAAGCCACCAAUAAGUGUCAAGUUUGAGAUUCCAUACUUCACAGUAUCUGGCAUACAGGUACGCUACCUAAAGAUCAUCGAGAAGAGCGGCUACCAAGCCCUGCCCUGGGUCAGGUACAUCACACAGAAUGGAGAUUACCAACUGAGAACCAACUGA